AUGGGAGCAGGAGGAUGUAUGUCUGUUUCUGAAACAAAACCCGAAGAAAAGAAGAAUCCUUUGAAGCGAGUCCCUUGUGCAAAACCUCCUUUCACAAUCAGUGAUAUCAAAAAAGCCAUCCCUCCCCACUGUUUCAACCGUUCCCUCACCCGUUCCUUCUCCUACGUCAUUUACGACCUUGUUAUCAGCUUCCUCCUCUACCACAUCGCCACCACCUACUUCCACCGCCUCCCAACGCCUCUCUCCUCCCUCGCAUGGUUAGCUUACUGGGUUGUUCAAGGUUGUGUUCUCACCGGCGUUUGGGUCUUAGCCCACGAAUGCGGUCACCACGCAUUUAGCGAUUACCAAUGGGUUGACGACACCGUGGGCUUUCUCCUCCACUCCGCCCUCCUCGUACCUUACUUCUCAUGGAAAUACAGCCACCGGCGCCACCACUCCAACACCGGGUCACUCGAACGCGACGAAGUGUUCGUCCCAAAGCCCAGAUCCAAAAUCCCAUGGUAUUCAAAAUACCUAAACAACCCACCGGGCCGAAUGAUGAGCCUGUUCGCCACCCUCACUCUAGGCUGGCCGUUAUACCUAGCUUUCAACGUCUCCGGCAGACCCUACGACCGUUUCGCCUGCCACUACUCCCCCAACAGCCCUAUCUACAACGACCGCGAACGCCUCCAGAUCUGGCUCUCCGACGUCGGAAUCAUCACCAUGUCUUUGUUCCUCUACCGUGUUGCUGUAUUGAAAGGCGUGAGUUGGGUGAUUUGUGUCUACGGGAUUCCGUUGCUGAUUGUGAAUGGAUUCCUGGUUUUGAUUACUUACCUUCAACAUACACACCCGUCGUUGCCACAUUAUGACGGGUCGGAAUGGGAUUGGCUGAGGGGGGCGUUGGCGACGGUGGAUAGGGAUUACGGUGUGUUGAAUAAGUUGUUUCAUAAUAUUACAGAUACACAUGUGGUGCACCAUUUGUUUUCAACGAUGCCUCAUUAUAAUGCGAUGGAGGCGACGAAAGCUGCGAGACCGGUGCUUGGGGAGUAUUAUCAGUUGGAUGAGACGCCGUUUUAUGUUGCCAUGUGGAGGGAGGCUAAGGAGUGUUUGUUUGUGGAAGCGGAGGGAGAGGGAGGAGGAGUGUUUUGGUAUAAGAAUAAGAUGUGA